UUUUGAUACAAUGUCUGAUCUUUACAUUUUUUGGGGUGAAUCUGAACGUUGCAAAAUAUAAAGCAGGUCUCGCGAUAUGCUAGAUAAUCGCGAGAACAUAACCAGAUUAAGGAGAACGCGGAACGAGAGCGUGUUGUUUGUUUAGGUUUUCAUAGACAAAAUGGGCACCCUUUCCUCUUUUGGCAGUAUUCUGGUUAUCUCAAUCUUUCUUGCAUACACAUCAGCGUCUUCAGAUGUGUUUGACAGCGUGCUGGGAAACACAGCUUCUUGUCACAAGUCAUGUGAAAUGACAUACAGUUUGCACACGUAUCCACGGGAGGAGGAACUGUACGCUUGUCAGAGAGGUUGUCGUCUGUUCUCCAUUUGUCAGUUUGUUCGUGACAACGAGGAUCUGAAUCAAACCAAAUCCGACUGUGAAUCGACCUGCCAUGAAGCCUACACAAAGUCUGAUGAGCAGUAUGCAUGCAACCUGGGUUGCCAAAAUCAGGUUCCGUUUGCUGAGGAACGAAACGAGCAGUUGGAGGCCAUGAUGCCCAGGAUUCAUCUUCUAUACCCCCUGACUCUGGUCAGAGGGUUUUGGGAUGAUGUAAUGAGUCAGGCCCACAGCUUCAUCACUUCCACCUGGACAUUCUACCUGCAGGCUGAUGAUGGGAAAGUUGUUAUUUUCCAGACUGAACCACAGGUGAAGUUUUUUUCGCAGUUUGAACUGGAAAGAGACAUACAAGACGAGCCACAGACGAGCUUCCCUGGGCUUAGCAGCCCAAUUUAUAAAGAAUACCACCGCAGUUUAAUCCAGGAGAGAGACAGAGAUAUGACUGCCGACCACAGCUAUGGCGACGAGAACAACCUCUUCAGCUGUCUCUCAAGGAACCCGUGGCUCCCAGGGUGGAUCCUAACAACAACUCUCAUCUUGUCUGUGUUGGUUCUGAUCUGGAUCUGCUGUGCCACUGUGGCAACUGCUGUGGACCAGUAUGUACCUGCCGAGAAACUGAGUAUCUAUGGGGACAGAGAGUACAUUAAAGAACAGAAACUGACUCCUUACCCAGCAUCCUCCCUGCUCAUCAUCACCACCAAAGGACCAGAGGAAGAGGCAGGGCCACUUCCUUCCAAAGUGGACCUGGGCCAGUCUGACAUCUAGAAGCUUAAAACAUCUUCAGACUGGAUUCUCUCCCACUAUGAAUAAUCUGUGGUUUAAUUUCUACCCCCUGAUUCAAGGCCUGUGCUGCUUACAGCCCUAACAGGACUUUCAGAACAUUUUGUAUUGGUCGAUAUGAUGUUUCCACGCCAGAUAAAGCUUUUGAAAGUGGGAUGGAAGUUAUUUUUUUCUGUAUAUUAGCAUAAUUGAGGCAUUACUGUAUGUUGAUGGCUGUAUAAGUAAGAAAGGUUUUGGGACUUUUUCGCAAUUUCUUUUGGUGCAUUUUCUUAUUUUAAUGAAUGUUUGGAUUGAGUCUGUGCUUGAAGUGAUUCAUAUUUCACCCUAACAAAUUUUGGUAAAAUAGAUGCUGAUACUGCAAACUCCCCGUGUGUAUUCUCAUGUUUCUAUUGCAGUGGUUACCAUAUAAUACAUUUUACAGUUAAAAGUUUUUAAUUGAUAGUGAUGGUACAUACAGUAAGUCUUUCCUGCUUCACUGUUUGUUUUCUUAAAAUUUUAUUAAAAUUCAAUAAAAGAGGGAAGCU